AUGUCCGACGGUCUCAACGAUGCCCGCGCCAUCCGCGUUGCGGAGAUUAUGAGCGACUUCCGCAACCUACAAUACUAUCUCAGCCAGCUGCGCGCUACGCCUACUGCAGAGGAGUACUAUCUCGAAGGCUAUUCGCUCCUCCGGCAAUGCACAAGCGAGGCCCAGGCUAUCCUCCAGAGCCCCUUCGCGGCCAGCAGCUCGGGGCCCGGCGGGGACACGGAGCGCGAAAAGCAGCAACUGAGGGCGAUCAUUGCCGAUGCAGCGGUGCGCCGCUUCCAGUGCCAGAGGGCGUACCUGAGGGCGCAUGCGGGAUUAAGGUGGAUGAAUACUCGAAACAGCAUCCUGCGAGGACACAAGCCGAAUGCGAGUCACCUCAGCGCCCUGCAGGCGGCUGACAGCACGUUGCGCAUGGAACUCCUCGCCAUCACAGACGCCCACGUCGAAAACACGCUGCGCGCCCAGGACACCUCGCAGGGGAAAUGGCUUGCAGAGGACCCGACACUGGCCCAGAUUCAGCAGAUGCUGAUGGCUCGUCGAUAG